AAGUGUUAAAGUACGAAAACCGCGGACUUGGCAACACCGCUUCUACCACGAAUCUACCAAAAAUCUCUUUUGCACAUUUUAACCCUGGACCACAAAACAGUCAUAAGUAUUUGUAGCAAUACCCAACGAUACAUUGAACGAGUCAAAAUGAUCUAUUUUUCUUUUAUGCCAAAAAUCAUUACGAUAUUUAAAUACAAAAAUAUCCAUUUAUUAAGAUACUUUGUAAAUUUCCUAUUCUAAAUAUAUCAAAACUUAUUUUUUUAUUAGUAAUAUGCAUUUUUAAGAACUUAAUUUGGACAACUUCAAAGGUGAUUUUCUUAGUAUUUUGAUUUUUUUGCACCCUCACAUUCCAGACUUUCCAAAUAUUGUUAUGUUUAUCCUAACAGGCCAUAAAUCAAUGGAAAUCUUAUUUAUUCAGUUUUAAGGUGAUUUAUAAUCUCACUUGACUCUUUUUGUUGACUGUUUUUGUGGUUCAGGGACACAUCUUGUCCUGCGCAUCGGACGGCAAUCCACAUUUUACCUCACACUGCCAUCUAGUGUCUAAUGUGAUAAUUACAUCACGUUAUUCAAAUCAUCACGUGGUUUCUGUGACUUAACUCAGCGCUGAAUAUUAAGCACCAAUCACAGCUGUGUGUGAGCUGUCCGACGAUAUUUUAAAUACCUCUGUCUCCUAUGAGACAAAAACGUUUUAAAAUUUAAAUGCGAAUCAUUGAUUCAGGUUUAUAAGUGCUUUUACCUGGAUACACUUAAUCUUCUACCCCGUAAGAAGCGGUUAAGUGCUUCCCCGCGAAUGAAAUGCGCAUUUGUUCCGUGUGUUACGGUAAUACGGAAACGCCGUAACUGUUGAUGUUAGGAACCAAUUUGGGUAAAGAGGUCAUGAAGCGUGAUGUUUGACGUGUUCAGUUUCGGGCUCUGUCUUCUAGACGUUGGGUGCUGAACAUUCUGGUGGAUAAGGAAAUACAGAUGGAGGUAUAAGGAAAUAUCUCGAAAAGGCUUUCGAAAGUUCAUAAGCUCAUGUGACACGAUUUUUACUGCACGUCGGCUCAGAUCUGUGUGACAUAUCCACCACCUCAGCACUGUAUUGAACUGCCACAGAAGAAAUUGCGAUCUCAGUUUCAACAUACGCAGAUGCCUCGAUGGAGGACUUGUACCAGCAAGCACUUUCAUUGGACAAGCCCAGUAGCUCAAGGGCUGCUUUUGUGCAUUUUAACCUUUGGAGUGAUACUGCCUAUAUGUUGUCAUCGUCUACUUUACUCAUAUUAUUUUUUAAAGACUGUUUAUCUUGAUUCGCUAAGUGAUGCGGCGCUACAAGAAAGCUACGACAGAGGACAGGAGGCACUGCGAUUCUGGGAAGCAGCAGCUUCUACUAAAAGCCUAAAGGACCCGCUGGAAACGAUUGCCAAGAAACCAGAUCUCCUGGUCACCAUCGUAACAACCAGGAGAGGAGAGGGGAGGGACUAUCACUACUUGUUGCAAGUGGCACAACAGCUCAAAACGCUCCUCAAAACGUGUGGCGAUAAACCGUGUGCUGAGGUAAUGCUCUGUGACGUCGAAACCGGUCCUGCUUUAAAUGAGGAUGCUUUGCUUCUGGAAAAGCAGUUUUUGGUUGUUAGACGUUCUCCAGAUGAGAGGUGGCAGAGCAGAGACGUGGCUAACAUCUUCGAGAAGGAGAAAAGAGAUUAUGUUUUCUGUCUGCGCAAAGGAUGGGACCUGAUGAGGCCGAAAAACGUUGUUGUGCUUGAGGAUGAUGCACUUCCGUUGACCGAUUUCUUUCCAACAGUUAAAGACUUGCUCUCAAGGAGAUUUGCACUUAAUACGUUAUACAUAAAGCUCUACCAUCCAGAACGUCUGCAGAGAUAUUGGAAUCCAGAGCCUUAUCGCAUUCUAGAAUGGAUUGGUCUCGGCCUCUUUGGAGCUACAAUCCUCCUCCUGUUUUUAUCUCACCAUACACCUCUUUCUUUCACCAUAUCAGUUCCUCAUUUUCUCUUUCUAGCUCUUUACAUAAUGGCCGUGGCUGAGCUGGCGGGGAGGCAUUAUCUCCUAGAAAUCAGACGGCUUUCACCUCAGCUUUACGCUGUGUGUCCUGCCACCGAAUGCUGUACCCCUGCUAUGCUCUAUCCAGGUAACGCCUCCAUUCGAGUCGCCAAAUACCUGGACCAGGCCGUCUGCGCUCAGGGAAAUGCUAAAGACAUGGUGCUGUACAAGAUAGCCAGAUCGAGGCCAGGUGAGAAGGCACACAGCGUUGAACCCAAUCUCAUCAAGCAUAUCGGAGCCUACUCCUCCGUCAGGACGAACCGUGUUCCACCAAGGUUAAUUUGACAUCAGAUUGUUCUCAUAGAACAGUUAAAUAUUAAACACCUUUCACAUUUUAAACAAUUGGAUUAGAGCCCAAAAAGUCUCUACGCUCACACUAAUUCAUUUAGAUAUAUAAAUAUAACAAAAAUACAACCUAGAGAAGUUUUAUAUAUGUGCACAUUUGCUUAAGACACAGAUUUGCUUUAAGAAUGUGGGUAUUUUUAUACACAUGUAUACACUUUUUGACUAAAGAAUUGGACGUUUAAAUUUUGUAGCGUUUACAAUUUUAUAUAUUUGAGAUUGAUUGAUAUCAUUAUUGUUUUUACCAUUACGUGCAUCUGCUGGAAUUAUAAUCAUCUUUCAUUAGUGAAUUUCCUGGUUUCUUUUAUAUUCCAUACCAGGAAUAUAAUUAUUUUACAUUUCAUGGCUGAAACAUUCUGUUUGAAGAAAUUACAGCUGGUUGUUUGCCAAAAAAAUGUAGUUUUAAAUCUAGUUUUAAAUUGUUUUCUGUUAACUUUGUUUGACACAUUGUCAACUUGAUUGUCGAUGUUAUUGUCUUUUAAAAAAGUGUUGUUAUCAACAUUUGUCAGAAGGGAAUUAAUAGAGUUAUUAAAAUUGCUUUAUGCCACGUUACACACUCAAAACACUUUAAAAUUACCACUUUAAAAAACUACUCUAAUCACAUGCAUGUAACAAUCAUGUAACUUGACUAGUUCGAUAUUGAUUUACUGAUUUUUUUUUUUGGAAAAAAGGAUUAUUUGCAUAAACUUGUAUGGAUCUCAAUCUGUGGCGUUUAAAGAAAUCACUUUUGGUAAAAAAAAAAUAAAUCUUAU